AUGGGGUUAGAUGGAACAAUUUUUCUAUUCACUCAAAUCACAUAUUUCUGCUUGCAAUUCUACGUUUCUUCCAUCCAGAAUUUAAAUUCUAUUUAUUCUUUCGAUCUACGUCAAUCGUUCAAAACAUUUCUGGGACAGAAAAACGACACCUUUCCAGAGCAUUUCAAAUUUUUGUACGAAGAAAAUGGUUUCAUCUAUGUCGGCGGAAGGAACAGAUUAUACAACUUGAGCGUGUCAGUCAUCGAUGGAACGAUCCUGGAACACAAGCAUAUAAUAUGGGAUGUACCGGAUGAUAAAAUCAAAGCAUGCGGUAAAUAUUAUUCGGUUAAAGAUUGCCAAAACUACGUCAUGUUAAUGGCUAGGUUGUCGACCGAUAAAUUUCUCAUCUGUGGAACUUACGCCUUUGAGCCUAAGUGCAGGAGAUAUCUCUCAACUAAUAAACCCGAUGGUGAAGGAAAUUAUAAUGUCCUUGAAUCAGAAAUUUCGGGCCUGGGAUACGUACCUUUUAACCCUUACCAAAACUUUUCAUACAGUGUAGCAGGAGGGCAAAUUUAUUCCGCCACAUUCGUGGAUGUGUGGAGCGAGCAGCCUAUAUUAUACCGAGAUCCAGUGCGUACGGUUCACGAAUUCGCCCCAGCCCUGAACGGACCUCAGUUUAUUCAUAGUUUUACCCACAAUGGGUACGCCUAUUUUUUGUUCAACGAAUGGACCGUUUUACCUUCCAGUUCCCCCAUUGAUGGUAAUCCUAUAAAUUUAUCAGCCAAAAUUGGAAGAACCUAUGAAAAAUCACGUCUUUCAGCAGAUGAAUACCAAAAUCAUGCGGAGAACAAGCCCAUCAGAAUGAUUGAGGCGAGGAUAGGAAGGGUAUGCAUAGGAGAUACUGGCUACCUGGAUCUACUCUAUGAUAACCCUCUAGUAUGGAAAACAUUUCUAAAAGUAAGGAUGGUUUGUAAGGUACCUAAUAUCGAUAACAACGACAAAAGAAAGGAUGGAAUUAAUAACAAAAAUAAUGACAAAAUCUCGAAAGGUACUAACCGUCCUAAUAACAAUUAUGCUGACUCUUUUAAGGCUCGAUUUAACUCCAAUCCUCCCCCCGUCUCCUCUUUCCUUGAUGACCCUCGUGACCGCCGAGACAUUACUAUCACUGCUUUUGACUCUUUAAUUGCUUCCACGAGUCCCCAAAAUAUAUUAGGAUUAGAAACAGAUUAUAACCAGGAACGGUUUUAUUCAGUCUUCACAACCCCAAGUCUGCCUGGUAUAGUACCAAUUUCGGUUCUAUGUCAGUUCGAUACUCAUGAAAUGGCGAAAGUUUUUGAAACUGGUAUAUAUACUAUGGAAACUAGGAUGAUUCGGUCCGGGGUUAAAAGAGUUCGAAGUUCGACUAUUAAGCCUGGGCAGUGCGGGUACGAUUUAGUAGACCCAGGAGAAGCGGAAUAUUUACAGAAGUUUGCCCUUUUACUCGGGAAUUCUAAUAAUGAGAAAAAUGGAUUUGGAAGUAUAUUAGAAGUAGAAGGAAAACCAUUAAAUAUAUGGUCUGGAAGACCACCCUCUACUAUAGCAGCCAUAUAUAACUACGAAAAAAGGGAAGGUGUGGAAACCGAUCAUGUGUAUCUAGGAACCAAGGAGGGAGAGGUUUACUGUAUAAACAUAGAUUCCCGAUUCUACUCAAACAUUUAUCACGAGAAUAAACCGGGUAACACCCAUCAAAACCUAGCGAAAGGCCCGGAGAAAAUAACUUCCAUCAUGGUAUAUGAGAGACUGGUGUUAUCUAAUAAAGAUGGGAAAAUAACGGGCCUCUACCCGCUCGCUAAAGCUAAUGGAUUACUGGUAGCAAUCGCUAUUGAAAAUGAUCGUUCUACUUCUGUUCUAGGCAGUUUAGUGAGUAACCAAUGUGAAGGACCUUAUGAAAAUUUUUCCUGUCACGGGUUGGAUGAUUAUACUAAUAAUAUGUGGAGUUUUGUAGAAAAGAAAAAAGAAGAAAUGGUUAGAAUAAAUUUUGAAACAAAUCGAGAACCAAAUAGGGAUACCCCUUCUCCAUCUUCGCAUCAUAUUUACAACAAUAGAGACGUCCAAUUUAAGCCACAAGGCUCAAAAGAUCUGACUUACAACGACUUUUCUGAUCCUCGCAUGAACUCAGAAUUUUUCCAAAUAUCUCGUAAUAGCAUUAAUAACAAUCGGAUUGACGAUUCCCCUCGUUUAUACCAGUCUAGAAGUAACCCUAGCCAUUGUUCCCCACCUCCGGCAUCCAACUCUUACGGUAAUAUAGCCGAACGGCUAAGUUUAGCUAUAACAUUAAGUGUAUGCAUAUCCUCUCUUUUGGGUUUCUGGGUGGGAUUUAAACUUAAAACUAGGUUGUAUAGAAUUAGAAAGAACAAACAUUUAGUCAAAGGUGGCGGUUGUCGCGACUUGAUGACCAUCAAUAUGAGCUCUAUUCGAAAUAGGAAUAAAGAUUCGGCCAAAGAUUGUGGUGAUGAUAAGCUUGAAAGAGCUGGAGAUAAAGGACAACGAUUUCUCUCUUCCUUUUUGCCUUUCGUAGACUAUCGAUUUGGCGCUAACAAAUCAUCUCAGGAUGACCCUAACCCAAACCAUAGCAACAAUAACGGAAAUAAUUUUUUCCCAUUUUUUUUGCCACCCACUCCACUCAACGAUGCGUCAAUUUUUAAUCCAUUUGAACAACCAGCUCCUGACCAGCUCUCUCCGCUAAACGUCGUUCCCCCUUGUUUUGCCAAUUUACCAAACUUACCCAAUAACACAAAUAACGUGAACCCAUUUUCUAGCCUAACCAUGCUUAAACAUUCGAACGGCCAGCAAUUCCUAUACAAUGCAUAUGGACUGCCUUUCAAUCUUCAACAUCAACAAUCUUUGCCACAACAAUCGCCGUCCAUUUAUGAAGCCCCCCCUCAACCAUCUUUACCCAGGCUGCCGCUUCCUCUGUACUGUGGUAAUAAUUUCUCAAUCCCCGGAACGGAAAACACACUUAGGAAAGUGUACUACUUUCACCAACCAAAUCAUUACGAUAUAAAUGAUAAUCCUAAUAAUCGAUUACCUAGAAUCAAUCAAAAUAUUCCACUCUUCAGUGAAUUUAACGAAUUUCAUGCAUCUAAGGUCAAUGUAGGAGCAACGAUUGAUGGGGUAGAAAAUCAUGAUGAAAAUUGUUUAAAAAAUAACAAAGAAGAUAAUUAUAAUUAUCUUAAACCUCUGCCAUUGCCUAAACCCAGUUUAAACAUAAAUUAAAAAUACUAGUUUUAUAAUAAUAAUUUGUGAAUCAACAUAAACGAUAUAAUUUUAGGUAAAUAAAAAAAUCCAUAUAUAUUUCAUUAUUAUAAUAUAAUUAAAAUAUCCUAAUAUAUAAAUAUUUAUUAAUUUGGCGAAUCAUCUAUUUUUUUAA